AUGCUAUCCUUGACAUCAACGCAACGUGACCAGAUCAGAACACUCAAACAGCAAAGCCGCGAUAGAGAGCUCCACUGGCUUGUGGAGCUGGUAGUCCAACCUGAACUUCCCCAGCUAAUUGAAGCUUUACAGAUAUGUUCCAACCUCAUACUAUAUAACUCUCCUCAGAGUCCAGACGCAUCGAAGCACAUUGAAAAGGGCCCAGCGGUGACACUUCCUGUAUCUUCAGCAAAGCUGGAGGCGGUGAAGGGAAUCCUCGUGAGAGAUGGAGCCUACAUAACCAAGAUGAGUGUUGCAAUUAAAGAGAAACACUUCAACAGGGCAGUUCACCACAUCAAGCUCGCCAAGCCCAUCAAGCUCACGCAAAUCACUGCCGCAAAGAAAGCAAUUGAGCUGUCAGUAACCCUCAUAGUCCAAGCAGAAUCCAUAUUUGACGAUAAUCUGGUGGAGCAAUGUGACGAAACACACCGAGAAAAGCAUCAGCUGCUUCUUGAAUUAUUCCAAACUCUCCUACUGGAGCUACUGGUGGCCAAGAAAGCUCUUCAGCUUCCUACGGAUCCUGAGCUUGUCUUCCCUCUGCACAUUACUCCGUCCAAUCACUUUGAGCCUGAACUUAGCCGUCAUAUUGCCUUGGAUCUCUACAUUUCCCAAGCUGAAGUAUGCCUUGAUCUUAAAGACUUGUUCAUUGUUACGGAGGAACCAUGGUCUGAAAUUGACCAGGAAACAGGCAAAUCCUACGUUGAUAAGGUCAGAGACCGGAUGUCUGAGGGGAAGAGGGAUGAAAUGGAGCAUUCAAAGAAAGAGAAGGAUAAAGCGGGUGUUUUCAGCAAUGUCUUCGGUCACUUAUCCCUUCGGCCAAAAUACGAAGCACAAGACUACAUUACAAGGUGUAUCACAUACAACAACCAAGUGGUUAUGGUGGACAGAAAACUUGAAGUUUCGUCGGCAGACCCCGUACUAGUCAGCGCCUUCACAAAGCUCGAUUCUGUGGAGUACAUCGUGUCCAGCUUCAUGGACAACAUCAAAAAACUCAUGUAA